AUGACGACUGUGACAACAGUGACAACGGUGACAACGGUGAUAGAGGUGACAACAGUGACAACAGUGACAACAUUGACAACGGUGACAACGGUGACAACAGUGACAAAGGUGACAACAGUGACAACAGUGACAGAGGUGACAACAGUGACAACAGUGACAGAGGUGACAACAGUGACAACGGUGACAAUGGUGACAACAGUGACAGAGGUGACAACAGUGACAACAGUGACAAUGGUGACAAUGUGACAACGGUGACAACGGUGACAACAGUGACAACGAUGACAACGGUGACAACAGUGACAACAGUGACAACGGUGACAGAGGUGAGAGCAGUGACAACAGUGACAACGGUGACAACGGUAACAACGUGACAACGGUGACAACGUGACAACGGUGACAACAGUGACAGAGGUGACAACAGUGACAGAGGUGACAACACUGACAACGGUGACAACGGUGACAACGGUGACAACGGUGACAACGUGACAACGGUGACAACUGUGACAACAGUGACAACGAUGACGACUGUGACAGAGGUGACAACAGUGACAACAGUGACAACAUUGACAACGGUGACAACGGUGACAACAGUGACAGAGGUGACAACAGUGACAACAGUGACAGAGGUGACAACAGUGACAACAGUGACAACGGUGACAAUGGUGACAACGGUGACAACGGUGACAACAGUGAGAACGGUGACAGAGGUGACAACAGUGACAACGGUUACAACGGUGACAACGAUGACAACGUGACAACGGUGACAACAGUGACAGAGGUGACAACAGUGACAACAGUGACAGAAGUGACAAAAGUGACAACAGUGACAACGGUGACAGCGGUGACAACGUGACAACGGUGACAACGUGACAACGGUGACAACAGUGACAGAGGUGACAACAGUGAAAACAGUGACAGAGGUGACAACAGUGACAACAGUGACAGAGGUGACAACAGUGACAACAGUGACAGAGGUGACUACAGUGAGAACAGUCACAACGAUGACAACGGUGAUAACGUGACACCGGAAAAAACGGUGACAACAGUGACACCGAUGACAACGGUGACAACGGUGACAACAGUGACAGAGGUGACAACAGUGACAGAGGUGACAACUGGGACAACAGUGACAGAGGUGACAACAGUGAGAACGGUGCCAACGUGA